CUGUAUCCAUAAUCUCUCAUUUUGUAUGUCAGUCCUUCAUGCCACACUCUAUCAAAGGCUUUGCUUACAUCCAGAAAGGCUGCUCCCGUAUAUUGUUGGUCAUUGAAUCCAGCCAUGCCAAAAGUGAAGAAAGAAGAAAAUUGCAUGUAAAUUACCUUUUUAAGGUUACUGUCAAUUUGACGUCUUAAGUAUGUAAUAAAUAAUGGUAUGAAAGUAACAGAAAAUUCCAGUGAACAUAAAUAUAAAAUUCAAGAAGUAUAUUCACGUGAAGACCCUAAACUACCAAGAUGGUACUUUGGAGGUAUCGCAGGAGCAGCCACCGUUUUGGUAACCCAUCCCAUAGAACUACUAAAAGUCCUAAUACAAGUUCAAAAAGCACGAUCAAAACCCACAACCAAAAUGGUUCGAAAGAUAAUCAAAACUGAGGGCUUUCUAGCAUUUUAUUCUGGUCUAUCAGCUUCAAUUUCUCGUCAGUUAACAUAUUCCACCGCCAAAUUUGCGCUAUAUGAGCAAGCGAAAUACUAUAUGGAUAUGAACAACUUUUCUUCCAAAGUAAUGGCAGGAGCAGUAUCAGGAUUUGUUGGAGGUUGGGUUGGAGUUCCUGCAGAUAUAGUAAAUGUAAGGAUGCAAAGUGAUAUAAGAAGAAACUCCAAGUAUAGAAGAAAUUAUCGAAAUGUUGUACACGGACUCAUGGAAAUAUACCAAAAGGAAGGAUUUGUCCAAAUUUAUAGAGGAUCCACCAUGGCAUGUAUGAGAUCGGUGUUGCUGAGUGUUGGACAACUUUCGAUAUACGAUGAACUUCAAAUAAUUACUCUUAGAACAGGCUUGGUUAACGAUAACCUUCUAACUCAUUUGACCUGUAGUCUUAUUGCUGGAAUCGCUGCUUCUCUGCUCUCACAGCCAUUUGAUAUGAUCAAAAUCAAGCUGAUGAAUGCAGAGCCUGGAGAGUAUAAAGGAGUUUGGGACUGUGUACGCCACACCAGUAAAAGUGGUCCAAGAGCUUUUUUUAAAGGUGUGGUUCCAUCUGCUGUUAAGAUUAUCCCAAAUACUGUAAUAGGUUUUAUCGUGUAUGAACAGUUGAUUAAGUAUUUUGGUUAUGUUCCUCGGAAAGAUUUAAAUAAAGUUUUGGACUCUUCUGGACAGAAAUAACCACAGUUUUUGUGCAUUGCGUCAACAUUUUAAGCUGUCUAAUAAAGUAUGUUUGUCUUAAAAUUCCUAUACUAUAAAAACUAAAUAAAAA